CAUUUUAAUUUUUUUUCCAACUGCAAGUAUAAAAAACUAUAAUAUCCCUCUGAAUAUUAGAUAAAAAGUAGUUUAGAUACAACAAAACCCCCAAGUUUAUUAUUAUUUUCUUGUAUUAUUAUUAUUUACAUCCAAUUCAUUUUAGUCGCCAGCCGAGCAAUGGUUUAUUUGAUAAAGGUAGUGCAAAGAAGAAGGCAGCAAAAGAAUUGGAAGGAGAGGCAGGACGUUUGAUCCCCAUGAAAAGUGACCUGACAGUGAAAUCUGAGAUCGAAUCCAUGUUCCGGGCCAUAAAGGACCAAGUCUCUGGGGUGGACGUAUGUGUUAAUAUCUGUCCACUCAGCAGCUUCUCCGUGGCGAUACCGACACCUUCCAGAAAAUGGUGGACACCAACAUCAUGGGCCUGUCCAUAGUAACCCAAUUGGCUGUGCAGUCGAUGAAAAGCGAAAAGUCGAUGAUGGCCAUAUUAUUCACAUAAGCAGCAUAACUGGGCAUCGUUAUUGCCGUGAAAUAGCAGCUAUGCAUUUUUAUUCAGCUACUAAGCACGCAGUGAAAUGUCUGACAGAGGGUCUGCGGGCUUGUCUGAGAGCGGAGGAGUCUAUGAUUCGUGUGUCGACUAUUAGCCCCGCUGUGGUGGACACCGUAAUGGCGAGAAAGUGGGUGGAAGCGGAAUUUGGGAAGGAGAAAAUGGAGCAGUUGUUCAGACGGAGACAGUGUCUUCUUCCCGAAGAAGUAGCUGACAAUUUGAUCUACAUCCUGUCUGCCCCGCCGUCUGUGAACAUCAGAGACAUCUGUAUGAGCGGGGUGUUGGACCCACUCUGAGAAGUUUCUAUAUCCAUCAAGAAGUCAACUUUAGCUGGCAUAGUGCAGGAUCUGAGCAUACACUAGUAUAGUGCUAUAUGUAUUAGAAAUGUACAUAUUUCUCUCUACCAGAGGGCAGAUGAGUGAUCAAUGACGUCAUUUUAUGUGCAAAAAAUUCUCGCUAGACAGUAAUGUGCCCAUAACAACCAGAGAAAUAUCUGGGAGUAUUUGGUAAAAAAAAGUAUCUGUGACCCUCGUGGAUCUGGAACUGGUAAGAACAGUGCAUAUAUACGUAUAUGUGCACUGUUGAUAUCGUGUUCUUUCCCCCUGAGAACACUCAACUCAUUCCUGACUCAAAGAUUUUCCCAUCGUCAACUUGACAACUUUAUACACAUUAUUGUACCUCCAGUGUUAACGUUAGUUUUACAAGCUGAUAAAUGCUUUUGCUUUUCAUUGUUUUUGGAAGUUGUCGUCUUGUAUUGGUGCUUGGGGAAAGUGUCGGGGAAAUUGACAAAAAAGGUGAUGAAUUCAAUAUCCAAACUCAUUUUGUAUUGUUUAGAAAAAUGUGGUCAGAUUCAAAAGGUGAAAGUUGCAUAUUCGUGCUUAAUAUUUCGAACAUCCUAUGCUACUAAACUAGAUUAAAUAAAAAUGACGCAAUAUUUCCACUGGCGUAUUUAGGAAGUUGCUAAGGGAGUGUGAGGAGCAAAAGUUUUUUUUUCCUUGAAUUAGGCCUGCCUGUCAAGUAUACGUCAUUUAGUUAAUGUGGAAAUCAUUUCCACGUGCAUUACACGUAUCAGGUCCGUUAAAAAGGGGAUGUUGGUGGGGAGGGUUAAACGUGCAUUUGUUCCGCUCUGAAUC